CAACGUCAACAAUAUCCUCUGUUCAAUAUAUUUCGGAUUAGCUCCCGCUCUCAAGUCUGACAUAUCAGGCAAAGCAGUAACGUCGCAGUCAUUUCCGUGUCGAAACAUCAUCCUGACGGAUCAAGUCACGCAUAAGCAAUCGAAACCUGCGUUGAUGAAAGGCCCUUUUGGUUUUAAGCUGGAGCCUAGCCGUCGAGCAAUCUGAGCAAGAUGUCAUCAAGUAAUAACACAACAACCCAGGCUCGGCGAAAUAGUAUCCGAGCACCCAAGGUUGGCCACAAGAAAUCCCGGAAAGGUUGUCAGACAUGUAAAACGCGGCGCGUGAAGUGCGACGAGACCUUGCCAGAAUGCCAUGUCUGUCGACGGUUAGGUUUAACAUGUACUUAUGCGUAUGUGGAUGGAACUCCUGCAGUCAAAACAAAAGUCGAAGACGGCUCUACAACACACAUAAAGUCCUCGCCGAGUGAUUCACAUGGCUACGCGGACAUGGCUUCGAUCGCUCCUAGUCUAAGCGCUGAGCCAGUGCAGUCCCAUACCUUAGACGAGUCGAGACAAAGACGCUUCACAGAGCUUAGACUCAUGCAUCACUGGAUGGUGAAUGUGUCCCGACCGUUCGGUCUGACCUCGCCGUUGGUCUGGAGAGAGCUCUGGUACGAUGAGGUUCCACAACUCGCGCUCCAGCACGAGAAUGUACUUUACGCCCUUUUCGCAAUGUCUGCGACGCAUCUUUUGACGACAUUACCAAAUGACCGCGAAGAGAUUCUGGUUCAGGCUCGACUAAAGUACUGGGUUUGGGCGCUACGCGAGCAAACGGCAGCUGUGACGAACUUGGGUUCGUCAAAUACGGAUGCGGUCGCGUUUGCCGCUUUACUCAUCACAAUGAACGCGCUUGUCAUGCUGCAAGAGCGCAGCCUCGAGCCAUACGAGCCACCUAUGGAAUGGCUCGAAGUUGGGAGGGGGGCCUUCGCUGUGCUACCAGAUAUCGAAAAGGUCGACGAGCACCGAGGCUUAAAGAUAUUGAUUGAGACGACAGAGCCGAUCUGGUCCGCAAGCGCAAAGCUCGAUCUCGCUGUCGACGCAGAUCUUGCCGCGGUUCUUUCGCAAGAGAUAGUAUCGAACGACGACUGGUCCGAUGCUGAUACCGUGGAAGCCUACGAGACUGCUCUCAGCUACAUUGGAUCAUUCCGACGGGCUACCACUGUCGAUGGAACAGCAGCUGAUGUGUUCUUGAGAUGGAUUACCAUGUUUCCGUUUAUGGUGCCGCGAAGAUUCACAGAUCUCGUUCUGGAGCAACGUCCUCGAGCACUUGUGACGCUGGCGAUUUUUUUCGCGGUUCUCGGACGCACCAAGGCGCUUCAAUUUCUGGGCGAGAUCGGAGAUCGAACAAUCGCGCGACGGGAAGUUCAUGCCAUACGUGAUGUGCUACCACCCGAAUGGCAGGUUUUUAUGGCAUGGCCAUUGGCAGAAGUGGAUAGCUCUCCCCUCAUAGCUCAGUAGGACAACUUGCGACUUGAUAUCCAUCUUAUUUCAAUGUUGUAGACUUCAGAGCCUGUGCAUAUCUACUAGGUACGGGGCAAUAGUAUACGCCUUUCCGAUCAAUUCUGAAGUCCAUGCGGAUUGGCCUACGUCAAGGCGGAGCAUGAGGUGUCGCUAGACAUAGUCUGCGAUGUCGAAAGUCUCCAGCGCUUGCAGCAGCGCUUUAAGAGAUCAUCAGAUCCAUGGAUCAAGUCGAUUUUCCUGAAUUGGCGAUCAAAUCUUUCUAAUUUUCAACGCGACGCGCUGACAAGCCCAACGUGGUCCAGCCCUGACUUCAAAAGACGGACGCGAUUGCACGGAAUUCCGGAGAUGUGAGAGUUCACAUUGCAUCGUGGUCAGCUCAAUAUGGCGAUGCCUCGGGGUACAGAAUUGCACCACAAUGAUAAGAUAUCAAUAAUUCGUCAAUGAACUCUGCUGCGCGUAGCUUCUGCCA